UUUCCAUUUAUUGUUUAGAUAGAGAUAAAGUAGAAUCAUUCCUACAUAUAUAUGACAAAAGUUUUAGUAUCCAAUAUAUUUAAGCUGUAAAACAGAAGGAACUUAAAAAGAAACAUGUCAGAAACAGAACAACCUUCAACUUCCGACGGAUUAGAUAUUGGAGAAACAAAAGGAGCUACAUCAAUGAACGAUGUAACACGUAAAGUAUUAAUGCCGGUCGAUGGAAGUGAACAUAGUGAAAGAGCAUUCAAUUGGUAUAUGGAUAAUGUUAUGAAAACAACUGAUGGUUUAUAUCUGGUUCAUAUUGUAGAACCGUUAUCACCGGGAUUGAAUUACAAUCUUGCAAGUAAAUCUCCCUCUAUAAAAGAUGAUUUUUCAAAACAUCUAAAUUCUCUUGUUGAAUCUGGUCGUGCAUUACGUGCUAAAUUUUUUACACGUUGUGAAGAUAGUGGUUUAUCAGCAAGAUUUACCAUACAUGUUGGUACAAAACCAGGUGAAAAUAUUGUACGUAUCGCCAAUGAACAUGGAGUUGAUUUAGUUAUUAUUGGAAAUCGUGGUAUUGGAACAGUAAAGAGAACAUUUUUAGGUAGUGUAAGUGAUUAUGUUUUACAUCAUGCCAAUGUUCCUGUUAUUAUUAUACCACCGCCUAAACAUCCAAAGAAAAAAUGAAACAAUCCUCUCUCAUUUCCUUCUUCCUCUUUAUGAACAGAUUAUCAAAAGAAAAAUGGUUUGUGUUCUAUGUUAUGUUAGAAUAUUUUAUUAAACUGUUUAUCUUAGCGUGGUGUUAUCAGUUUAUAGUCUAUAAUGACAUUAUGGUACGUAUAUAUAUAUAUAUAUAUAUAUAUAUAUAUAUAUAUAUAUAUAUAUAUAUGCAAAAAUAAUUUUGAACCAGCUU